CGCAACUCUGUUGCAGAAAAGAGAUGCGUUUGAUUUCUAACGCAUCUAUCAAGCGCAACUCUCCUCGAUCAAACGCAACUUUGCGUUUGAUCAGUGAUCAUACGCAAGUUGCAGUAAAUCCAUAGCAACAACAUGGCAGCCAUACUAUUAGCAGAAGCUGAGGAAGUGCAGCCACGUCCUGGCCGAGUGAUAAGGGAUAGGGACCAGCCCCUCGACUCUCUUUCUGAGACGCAGUUAGUUAAGAGAUACCGGUUCGGUCGCGAGGCAAUUUUCUUUCUAAUUAAUCUACUCACCAAUCAAAUCGCACCAACAACGGAACGCAACAAGGCAAUCCAUCCCACACUACAAGUUUUGAUAAGCCUGAAUUUCUUCGCAACCGGAUCGGUCUUGGAAAGUGAUGCAAAUAUCCAUGGCAUUCAUCGCAGCACCGUGUCUAGGAUAAUCCACAGGGUCUCUGAAGCCUUGUGUGGUCACAAGAGCCAGUUCAUCAAGUUCCCCAGGACUGAUGCUGAAACAGCCGCCAAUAUUCAGGAUUUCUAUAGAAUCGCAGGCUUCCCGAGAGUGGUAGGGGCUGUUGAUGGCACGCACGUGUGCCUACAUGGCUGCCCAUUAGGCCCAGAUGAAUACGUUUACACCAAUCGAAAGGGCAGGUCUUCCAUCAACGUCCAAUUGGCUUGCAACGCAAAAUUCCAGAUAAUAAAUGUCGUUGCGAGAUGGCCGGGGAGUACCCACGACUCCAGGAUUCUUCAGAAUAGCAGACUGUACCGCAAGUACAAUAAUGGAGAACUGAAAGGGAUCAUCCUCGGUGACUCUGGUUAUCCCUUGAUGACAUGGUUAAUGACCCCCAUCCUUAAUCCACAGACACCAGAGGAACAAGCCUACAACAAUGCACAGUGCAAGACGAGAUCAAUCAUCGAGCAAGUGAAUGGACAGCUAAAAAAUAAAUUUAGAUGUCUGCUCGGCCAUGGCCUACAAAUUCGACCAAAUAGGGCCUGCAACAUCAUUACUGCAUGCUGCAUAUUAUUCAACAUUAGUAAAAGAUUCAGACAGCCAGCAGCAGACGAUAAUGAAGAUGACCACAUGAUCGAUGACAACAUGGAAGGAGAAAUCAACAGGGAAAGGGGAGAUGCAGCGGCCAUCGCUGUCCGGGCCCAGAUCGUACAGUCUUUUGUUGUGUAGUAUAUCAUUUUUUCAAUGGCUUUAUCAUUAUAUCAAUGCUGGGAUUUAUGUAAUGCCGUAAGCACUAAUAAUUUCCACCCCCCCC